CACUCGGCAGUGGUAUAAUACUUUAGACCCAUCAGCUCGAAACUGAAGCAGCUGACGCAGAAGCUUCCUCUCUCCCUCGCUUAAUUUCUCUAUAAAAACCUCGAAGCCUCCUUUCUAUCCAUAUAUAUUUCCCACGGAAAUCUCUCUCUCUCUCUGUGAGCUAAAUGGGAUUUCCUGUUGGUUACGCAGAAGUUUUCUUGCCAAGGCUGUUCGUGCACGCGCUAUCAUUUCUGGGCUUUAUUAGAAGCCUUAUUAUUUGCCUUUUUAACUAUCUAGGUCUCUCAGAUUUCCUUGAAACCGAUAACAUUUGGCCCGAUAAUCCGACCCAAACCCAUAGCCACAAGCUAGUUCACGCCGUCUUGAUCCGGGAAAUUCUACCAGUAAUCAAGUUCGAUGACUUGAUUGCUGGAGCCAGCCACAGUGAGCUGCCAGAGAGUUGUGCCGUUUGUUUGUACGAGUUUGAGGGAGAUGCCGAGAUCAGAUGGUUAAAGAAUUGCAAGCACAUUUUCCACCGGGCAUGUUUGGACCGUUGGAUGGAUCAUGAUGGGAACACGUGUCCGCUUUGUAGGACCUCAUUCGUGCCUGAUGAGAUGCAGGAAGAGUUUAAUAAACGGUUAGUGACAGCGUCUGGCGACGGCGAUUUUUACAGUGAGUACAGUUCGGUUCCUGUUUUGUAGGGAGGCCACUUCAUCCUGUUCUUAUGAAAUGUACAUAUACAACGAAAUUUAAGCAAUUUAGCAAAAUAGAAAUGUUUUUUUAAUAUAUUUAUUUAUUUAAGACAAGUUUUUUUUUUAUCUUUAAAAA